CAGAAGGUGCAUCCUGGCCAACCCCAGAGGUUGCAGAGUUCUGGGGGAGCGGAGUCAGUCCCCUCCUGUUCAUGGACAGUCUGUACAGCGCAGGAUCCUCGCUGAGCUGCAGAUGGUUGGGUCAUAAAUUCAGACAGCACACUGAAAACUCUUUGGAGCUACUGGAUACGAUGUCUAAUAAUUCCACCAACACCACUGAGGAUGCUGAACUGGAGGUGGCCUUCCCUCAUGAUCUGUACACCCAAGCGUCCAAAGCAUCAGUUGGGGAGCGUCUUGGUUUCGUUGUGCAGAUUCUGGAGCAGACGGCUGCCCUGUUUGAGGAGGCUCAUAACUCUACAUCGUGGGAGGAGAAGACAGUGGAGGACUUUCUCAAUGUUGUCACCCAGCAGGCUGAUGGUCUGCGCUCCUGUAAUGGGAGCAACAGCCACAAGAAGAACAAGAAGCUGCAGAUGUAUUUCAAGAGACUCUCAGGCCAUAUCCUUGGACGAAUGGGUCACAGUGCUGAAGCCUGGGAGCUGAUCAGGAGGGAAAUCAAAAUCCAUCUAUUCAGAGCCGACCAGCUGGCUUCAUCUCUACUCACCACCAACUGA